UAUCCAAUUCCAGAGUCUCGCAUUUCGUUGGGAAAUGGCUGCCACGCAAUACCGUUGCCCCGCGAGUCUGAUACUGCGGUCCGACACUAGCGUUCGUUUGGGUCAGACUUUGACGCUGAAGAACCCUGAAAGUUCAUGGCUCGGAAUCAAAGUUAGAGUUGGGUCGUGUAGUCUCAGUCUGAGAUCACACGUGUCUGUUUGGAAGCGCCGUCCCCUCUCUGCUACUGUUUCCUUCAGCCUUCCUACUGCAAAGCCGGAGCGUGCUUCUCCUGUCCAGGAAAUUCCCAAAUGGUCUUCCAAGGCUAUAAAAUCGUUUGCUAUGUCUGAAUUGGAGGCAAGAAAACUCAAGUAUCCCACUACUGGCACUGAAGCCCUUCUCAUGGGGAUUCUUAUAGAGGGUACUAAUCUAGCUGCUAUGUUUUUGCGAGCCAAUGGAAUUACACUUUUCAAGGUGCGAGAUGAAGCUGUUAAGUUACUUGGAAAAGGUGAUUUGUUUUUCUUCAGCCCAGAGCAUCCUCCACUGACCGAUGAAGCUCAGAGGGCCCUUGAUUGGGCUGUUGAUCAAAAAUUAAAAUCUGGUGAUGGCGGGGAAAUUACUACAGGACACCUGCUUCUUGGCAUUUGGUCUGAAGUGGAUUCUCCUGGUCACAAGAUUCUGUCCUCCCUUGGCUUUAAUGAUGAAAAGGCUAAAGAGCUAGAGUCCACAAUUUCUAAACCUGGUUGUACGGAUGAAUGAUUUUUUCUAUAAGAUGUAUGAGCAAGAGUUUUGCUUUGAGUGCAUAUUGAUUAUUUGAUGCAAUUGUUUGUACAAUAGAUAGAUCAACAGGCGGUUAUGUUCUGCUUAUUGAUUUGGAAUGCAGAAAUCUUAUUAUCAAAUGUGAAGUGCCCUUCCCCCUCCCUCU